GUGACACUUCCCGCUGUAGUUCAUGUCACUCAUGAGUAGGUGGUUUAUCUGUACGGAAUAGUUAAAAAAGCCACGCAAGGUUUUGGAGUGCCGGUGUCAUCUCGAGUAGCUGACGUGUAGUCAUUCAAAAUGAAUUUUGUAAUUUUUGUAAUUUUUUCAAUUUUAUCUGUAGCAAACGCUUCAGGAAAUACGUUAGUAUUAUUAGAUAAUCAAGUUAUAAAAGAAACACAUUCCAUAUUUUUUAAAUUGUUACAAGAUCGUGGCUACCAGCUAACAUUUAAAAUUGCCGACGAUUCCUCGUUACAUUUAUCCAAAUAUGGAGAGUACUUAUACGACAAUUUAAUUAUAUUUGCUCCUUCGGUCGAAGAAUUCGGGGGAUCGCUGGGUGUCGAUGCCAUAACGCAAUUUAUCGAUGAGGGUGGCAACAUUUUAGUAGCGGGAAGUAGUACGACCGGCGAUGUUUUACGUGAGCUUGCGUCCGAGUGUGGUUUUGAAGUGGAUGAGGAAGGCGCUUUUGUUAUUGAUCAUUUAAAUUACGAUAUCUCUGAUAAUGGGCAGCAUACCAAAAUUGUUGUCCCGUCUGAUUUUCUUAUCGACGCACCGAUUAUUGUGGGCCAACGCAAGGAGAUAGCUCCUCUUUUGUAUCGUGGCACUGGUAUUUUGGCUGAUCCGGAGAAUCCGCUUGUUCUACCAUUUUUAACAGCAGAUAGUACUGCAUAUAGUUACAUACCCGAACAGCAAAUUAAAGAGUAUCCGCACGCAGUUGGUAAAAAUACAGUCUUAAUUGCUGGAUUGCAAGCAAGAAAUAACGCACGAAUUGUGUUUAGUGGUUCUUUGGAGUUCUUCUCCGACGAAUACUUUACUUCACUCGUGCAAAGAGGAGAGCAAGGAGCCAAGGUUCCCAUUUCGGGUAAUCAAAAAGUGGCAUUAUCGAUAGCCGAUUGGGUAUUUAAGCAACAAGGUCAGUUGCGGGUGCGAUCUGUUCAGCAUCACAAACAAGGAGAAAAAGCUCCUCCGCAAGCAUACACUAUUAUGGAUCAGAUUGUUUACACUAUUGAAGUGGACAUUUUGGAAUCGGGCCAAUGGAAGCCAUAUAACACUGACGACAUUCAGUUGGAGUUUGUUCGUAUCGAUCCAUUCAUACGCACAACACUUAAACGAAAAGUACCCGGCAAAUAUGAAGCAAUAUUUAAAAUACCGGACGUAUACGGUGUAUAUCAACUGAAUGUAGAUUACGAUCGUGUGGGUUAUACACAUUUAUACAGCAGUACACAGGUAUCUGUACGGCCUUUACAGCACACACAAUAUGAGCGUUUUAUACCAAGUGCAUACCCUUACUAUGUUAGCGCAUUUUCAAUGAUGGCGGGUGUAUUUUUGUUUUCAUUUGUUUUUCUUCACUAUAAAGAUGAGCCAGUGAAAACUAAGGGCGAUUAAUUAAGUAUUUAAUAAUUGUUAUGUGAGCCUGUGUUAUAAUGAAUUAUUGUUAUAAAUGUAGUUUGUCAUUUUUUCCUCACGUUUCAUUACUUCAUACAAACAAAUAAAUAAAUUCACAAUCGUAAA